CCUUUACCAAGAUGGCCGCGGCAUGGUUACGUAAUAAGAGCGCGCCACCGGAAAGUCAACGCGCAGGCUCUGUAGUGACGUCACGGAGGCGCGACCGGGCCGGCGCUGGAGGAAGGAGCCUGCUGAGGGAUGCCCAAGAAGUUCCAGGGCGAGAACACCAAGUCGGCGGCGGCCCGGGCACGGAGGGCUGAGGCCAAAGCGGCAGCUGAUGCCAAGAAGCAGAAGGAGCUGGAGGAUGCGUACUGGAAGGACGAGGACAAACACGUCAUGAGGAAGGAGCAGCGCAAGGAGGAGAAGGAGAAGCGGCGCCUGGAGCAGCUGGAGCGCAAGAAGGAGACGCAGCGCCUGCUGGAGGAGGAGGACUCCAAGCUCAAGGGUGGCAAGGCGCCCCGGGCGGCCCCCAGUAAGGUCACCCGCGCCCAAAUUGAGGACACACUGCGUCGGGACCAUCAGCACAGGGACACCCUCGACACAGCAGAGAAAACCAAGAGCCAUCUGGAGGUGCCGCUCGAAGAGAACGUGAACCGCCGCGUGCUGGAGGAGGGCAGCGUGGAGGCGCGCACCAUCGAGGACGCCAUCGCUGUGCUCAGCGUGGCGGAAGAGGCGGACCGGCACCCCGAGCGCCGCAUGCGGGCGGCCUUCACCGCCUUCGAGGAAGCGCAGCUGCCCCGGCUCAAGCAGGAGAACCCCAACAUGCGGCUGUCGCAGCUGAAGCAGCUACUGAAGAAGGAGUGGCUGCGCUCUCCGGACAACCCCAUGAACCAGCGGGCCUUGCCUUUCAACGCCCCCAAGUGAGACCAGAACUGGGGGGACCGCCCCACAAGCGGUCCAGGCCACGACUCGACUGCGAAUGCCCUCUCACUGGGUCAGCUCUGAGGAUUUCAGAGAGUCCAGGGACCCUGGUACCUGUCCCUGGGGCUGUGCGCCAUCACCGCCAACCCUCUUUACCCAGUGGGUCCCUGCUCUGAGUGACACCCUCAAUAUCCCGCGGCACCUGUGGAGCCCCGGGACUGAGCACCCAAUAAAGGCGGUGGGCAAGGCC